AUGGCGACUGUGACCACCUCGACGAGCGCGCAGCCGACCGACGGCGUCCAAGGGCGGAAUCUCAUACUCAACCCCUACGAUGCUGCUGUAAAUCAGAAUGGGAGCUUCGAAUCCGAUCGCGUCAUCAAGGCGGGCAAGGUUCAGAAGCGCACACAAAAGACGAGGAGCUGGAAGACGGUCUACCUCGUACUGCGGCCCAACACUCUGUCCAUCUACAAGAACGCCAACGAAGAGAAGCUGAGGCACAAGAUCUACCUCGCCGACCUGUCCACCGUGGCCCCGCUCAAAGACCCCAAGAACAAGAGAAACCACGUCUUUGGCCUCUUCUCCCCUUCCAAGAACUUCCACUUCGAAGCUGCCUCCGCCGAGGAUGCGCAGGAGUGGCUCGACUUGAUCCGCAAGGAGGCUAGGAUAGACGAGGCCGACGAGGAGUUUUACCUCGCCAGCCCUUUUGGAAGCCGACAGUCUUCCACCAGCGCUGCCAUACCUCAAGCCAUCAAGGGCGCCGCCGCGCAACCCCAGCUUGGAGGCGAAUGGCUGCUCUCCACCUCUCCCGAGUACCUUGCCAGUCCUGGCUCGCUCUCCGUCCCGCAAGAUCCCCGCCAUAUAUCGCAUAUGCUAGACUCGUCGGGGCUGUCAGGCAACGAACUUGCCUCGCAUUCUGACUUUUCCGACACCGAGACGAGGCACGUUCACGGCGUCUCGAUCGAAAGCUUGGCCCUCCGCCCUCCCCAACCUCUCGCCGAGGGCGACUCUACGACGCGGCCGGAGCUAGGCCAGAGGAAUAGCAGCCAGGCGAGCGGCCUGAACCUCGACCAGGACCUCGACCGCGUCGUGUGGCAGGGCAAGCUUCAGUUCCUCCGGAGCAAGGGUGGGGUGAGGCAGUGGAAGAAGACGUGGGCCGUGGUCCGCCCCAGGAACAUGAUUCUCUACCGCGACGAAUCCGAAUAUUCGGCCAAAUUCAUCCUCCCCAUAGCGUCCAUCCUCAACGUCGUCGAGAUUGAUCCUAUCAGCAAGACCAAAUCCCACUGCUUGCAAAUCAUCACCGAGGAGAAGAGCUACCGCUUCUGCGCCACGGGCGAAGAGGAGCUUGUGCGCUGCCUCGGCGCCUUCAAAAGCCUCUUGACCAAGAGGCGAGAGCUCCAGCAACGCCUCGCCGCCGCGCAGGCUCCCUCGAGCCCCCGCCCUGGCGGCAAGACUCCGAGACGGAAUCGGCCCCGUCCCCUGUGGAGCCCACCCCUCCUGCGCCGGCUGCGCCCGUGGUUCGAAGAAUGA